GCCUGGCCCUUUGAAACAUUGUUUCCGCGUUCCAUCCGGGAAAGUGGGAGGCGUGGCUUAUAAGCUGGCUCUUACUCAAGCCGCUAUGUCCGGACCGAACGGGGAACCGCAGCUCCAUCUGGGGCGGGGCGGCCAGGAGGAGGAAGAGGAGCAGGAGGAAGGCGGCUUCGGGGAGGCAGAAUACGCUGCCAUCAACCUCAUGCUGGACCAAAUCAACUCCUGCCUGGAUCAUUUGGAGGAGAAAAACGACCACCUCAACACUCAGCUGAAGGAACUGCUGGAAUCGAACCGUCAAACCCGUCUGGAGUUCCAGCAGCAGCUCGGCCGGGAAGGGGACUCCGGGAAAGGCCAGCCGGAUUCUUAAGGGUCCAAAAAUCAAACUUGGGGCUUCAAAAGCCUGCAGCUCUGUGGCUGACGAGUCACACGGCUGGCGGAUUCUCUGAAAUCCGGCUUUUUAA